AUGAGCGACAACAUGUCUUACCGAAACCCGAACUCAACUCCGUCACCUCAGGAAGACACAAACACAUCCUCCUCCUCCUCCUCAUCCUCUUCUUCAGGGAAAGAGCGCAAGGCCAUAGAUCUCCUCUACUCCACCUCCUCCCAAUACCUGAUCCAGUCCUUUUUGGGGGAGGGCACCUUUGGGAAAGUCGCAAAGUGCUUAAAGAUAGCCACUAACCAAACGGUGGCUGUGAAGAUCUCGAAGGGCAAAGACUUAAUAGCAGAGGCAAGGAAUGAGAUUAGGAUGAUGGAAUACCUCAGAGCGUUUGACUCCGACAGGUUCAACUUUGUGACGUACAACGAUGCGUUUAUCUCCGGGGAGAUCCUAUGUCUGGAGUUUGAGCUGCUGGACGUGAGUCUGUUUGAUUUCCUCUACCUGAAACCAAACUCUCGCUCUCUGUCUGUGAAGGAAAUCCGCCCAAUCCUAUACCAGGUUGCCGUAACGCUGCAGUUCAUACAGUGCCUGGGAGUCGUGCACACCGACCUGAAGCCGGAGAACAUCAUGUUGGUGGACCACGUGAAGCAGCCGUGGAAAGUCAAGGUGAUCGACUUUGGCGUGGCGUGUCACAUCUCUCAGCCGGAGCUCGGCGACUACAUGCAGACACGACACUACAGGUCUCCAGAGGUGAUACUAGGAUUCCCCAUAACGUCAGCCAUCGAUAUGUGGUCUCUGGGCUGCAUCGCCACGGAGCUGCUCUCGGGCUCUGUGCUGUACCCUGGAGACACCGAGUACGAAAUGCUGCAGCAUAUAGUGGCGACUCAGGGUCAGCCUCCGGCUCGUCUCAUGGACAGUGGUCUCAAAACCCGUUGGUUUUUCCAUAAAAGAAGGAGGGGCAGGAGACGUCGUUGGACAUUGAAGAACGCUCAGCAGUAUGGAGAAACCAACACAAGCCUGGCCCAAUUCAACUCGCUCAAUGAUAUAAUAAAGUUACACACACCCCAUCACCUGUUGGACGAGGACACCGCGGCAGAAACCGAAGACCAGCAGGCCUUCCUGGAUCUGGUGAAGAAGAUGCUUCACCUGGACGUCGGUCAGAGGAUUUCACCCAGCGAGCUGCUUCAGCAUCCCUUCAUCACCAUGAACAACCUCGCUGAAAACUUCCCAUCCAGCUUCUACGUGAAAUCCAGCUGUGAAAAGAUGGAGGUCUGUCUGGAUCAGACUCAGGGCUUUGACGUCAGGGGUCAGCAGCCGAGAAUGACCCUUCAGUCCUCCGUCAGCCGAGCAAAGGGCCUCCCUGCCUGGUACAGGACCCAAGAACACCCCCUCACCCUGGGCAUCUCGUCCCAGGUAUUGGACAGCCUCUCGAUAAACGAUGACCAGAAUCUCCCACAACAACCCCCUGGCCGGUCUUUUGCCACGAAGUCUGUGUCACCGGCGCUGCAGGCUAACCCCACCGCUGUGGCGCCAUCCUGCCAGAAAGAGAGAACCGGGAGGAAGAUGACGAGGAAAUCGUCGAGGAGAAAACCCUGCAGUGAUGACAACAGCCCGGAGAGAGACGGACCAUCAAGCAAGAGCAGGAAGACAGAAAUCAUCCAGACAGAAGAAAAGUUCACUCAAACACAGAUGUCUCUACCGGUGAAGAAGAGCGACGCAAGAGAGGCUCCGAUCGUGGCUCCGUCCUGUGCGGCCUCUGGAUUAAGAAAGCAAGUCAAGGUGUCACCGGAGAACAAGACAAUUAAAAGUGAUGAGUCUGAAGUGGCAGGAAUAAAACCCGGGAGAAAGCGGACGUGGGACACUUACUUAGCGUCCCACAUCGAGUUAAAAAAGCAAGUCAAGGAGUCACCAGAGUUCAAGAAAAGGAAAACCGAUGAAUCUGAGGCUAAGAUAAAUCCCGGGAGAAAGCGGACGUGGGACACUUACUUAGCGUCCCACAUCGAGUUAAAAUCUGAAAGCAGCGGCUCUCCGGAGAGGAAGAAGAGGAAGAUGAGUCUAGAUGAGGAGGAGAUAAAAACACAAAGCUCGUCUCUGAGCACCAGGAAGAGAAAGCGACCCCCUGGGGAGCCCCCAGAGGGGAAGGAGGAGCCGAGGUGUGUCAAGAAAAGGAGAUAUUAAAGGGGGAGAGCGCCAAGCCCGAUGGUUUCGAGCGGCAAAACUACGGGCGGGGGCGCUGAAACAAUGGGGGAGAGCGGCAAGACUACGGGGGAGAGCGGCAAGACUACAAGGGAGAGGGCAGAAGGAUGACAUGGGAGAGUGCCAGCGACAAUGGGUGAGAGGGCCAAAGUCAGACAGGUAAGAGUGCAGAAAGAACGACGGGUGGGAGCUCAGACAACAACGGGUGAGUACCGAUGUCAGAACAGAAGGACGAUGGGGGAGAGUGCCAGCGACAAUGGGUGAGGGCCAAAGUCAGACAGGUAAGAGUGCAGAAAGAAC